AUGUCGAAGCUCCUGAGAGGUGUCUUCUGCAUCAUUGAGACAUUCCACAAGUAUGCCAGCAAGGAUGGUGACGACAAGGCAAGGCUGACCCACAGAGAGCUGAGGCAGCUCCUUGAGGGAGAAAUCGGGAACUUCCUUCAGCCACAGGUCUUUCAUGCUGUGGAGAGAAAGUUGAACCUUCUGGAUGUUGACAGAGAUGGCGCCAUCAGUUUUGAGGAAUUCCUUCUUGAAAUCUUCAGCUUAUUGAACCUCUUUUCUUUUGACAUAUCAUUACUAAAUUCAGAACCAAGACUGAUGUCUAAGUCAGAGAAGAUGGAUGGUGUGGACCUUCUGGAGACCACCAGAAGCAGUCAGAAGGUAGUAGGGGUGGGACCAACUCAAGAAAGGCUGGUGUUGGCAUCAGAAACUGUGUCAUCCGCUAAGCCCAGCCGUGAAGAAGACGAAACCGAUGGACACAAUAGGAUGAGCCCGUUGGAAGACAUUAAGACUCACAACCUGCCACGAGAGGUAUCUGAGCCCAAUGACCCUGAAAACCAACACCCAGAAGAAGAUAGUCAGGAAGUCGCACAAGAUGUGCCAGCAACAGAAUCUGAUGAAGUCCAAUUUAAAAGAAAUAUGUCAAUGGAAGCAUCCAAACAGAGCAACAGUCCAACACAGGUGAUCCCCAAAGAAAGAGGCAAAGUAGUCAGGAGGCAAAGUGACACCAAGGUAAGUGACCAUAUGGCACAGAGGCCAUCUGAAGAUGAGGAACAUGCCACAGGAAAGAGUAUUAAGAAACAUUCCACAACACAAGAUCCAUUACCCCGAAAAGAAGACAGAGCCACGUCGGAGCACGUUGAUUUGCCAGUAGAAGCUGCUGCUGGGAAACCAUCUGGGACACAGAAGGUUGUUGAGCUUAUGGAUGAUACCAGGAUAUCUGAAACUGGAGAACCAGGAAAGGAUGCUGGCAGAACACCACCCGAAACCACAAAUUUAGAGAACCCCAAGGCUGACAGUAGAACAUCUGAGACCCAAGGACUGCCAGAGCGAGUAAGAAAACAGGAAACGCGGAACCAGACUGCCCAAAGUGGGAGCAGAGAUGAUUUAGAAACAUCUAGUAGAGGCAAAUGGGAGGAGGGGCAGAAAGAACACGAGAGAAAAACCGGAUCCCAAGCACCAGAAGCCCAAACACUGGAUGAGAAGUGUCAAGAGUUCUCAAGGUCAUGGAGGGAAAACGGAGCCAGAAAGGGCUCUGGUACACAAGGGCUAAGCUCAGAGAAAGGGAAUGAGAAUCUCCCUGAAAUUAAGGAGGAAUACAUCUCAGGAAAAGAGGGAAGACACUGUGAGAAGGACAUAGAAGAUGCAUUUUUAAGCAGCAAAGAGAGCCCGGCAGCUGAAGAGACACAGGAAACAAGAGAAAGUUCACAGGAGCCGGCCCCACUAGAGAAGCAAUCUCAAGGAAAAAGUCAUAGGGCCACCAGGACCCGUGACCAGCCAGCCAGGAAGGAAGCCCACAGUGAGGGAGAAGAUCCUGAGGUGCCAGUCACUCAGAGUGAUGAGGACCUUUGUGAAACUCCCAGUGGCCCGGCUCCGGAGGUAGGCAACAGCAGCUCAGAUUCCAGUGAACCCCGUGGCUUGCCAGGGGAUCUGCAGAGUCAGACAGACACCCAGGGAGACGCUAAGCAAGGAAGUGACAGUAACAACCCGGAUCCCCAGAAGCAGGGAGUACCAGGAGAGAGCAGUGGAGUGAAGGAGGCUGUAGAGUUGUCAAUCCAAGAAGGCAGCCAGCUCCCAGAGGAACAGGAACAGUCUGCCAGAGAAAAGCAGGAUGGUCUAGGGGCAGCUGUGGAGCCCACUGAAGAAGGGGAAGUGCAGGAGUCCACAGCAGGAGGUGAAAACAGAAAAUCCCCAGAGGCAGAAAGUUCAGGGGCCCAGUGA